AAAAUCACAAUCAGUUGUAAGUCUGAUCUAUAAUAAAUGAGUUUUAUUAAUAGAAGAAAAAAGUUCAAAAGGCCUUUGGUUUUACCUGACAGUGGUGUAGGAUCUCUCAUUCGCACAGAAAGAUAAGAUAGAGUUCAUUCAGUUUGUGAGGAAGCAGUUUGUUCAGAAAAGAUAAAUAAAAGGAUAAUGUUGCUAGGAGACCUAAAAAUGAAGACAUUUAUCCCAAAGUCAUGCAGCAAGCCCACAUGGGUGCUCCGCGUGUGUGUGUAUGUGUAUGUCCUCUCUAAUGCGCCUGUGUGUCCUUGCUCUUGCUCAUUCUAUAAAGCCGCCAGCAUCUCCUCCCCUCCACUUCUGUGAUUUCUGCUGAAGCGCACAUUUAAAUCAGCGCAGCUCUGCUCAGAGAAUGAGUCGUGGAUGCCGCCUUAGGUUAUUUUUUGCAUUUAAAUCGCAGGAUUUUGAGUCAGGCAUAGUUUUGUUAGGGUUGAAGAGCAAUUAGCUUUGACUCCUACGCUGACCUGCGCUUUCCGCUUCUCCCUGAAUGAUCAAGUUGCUCUUUUGUUUUUUCCACAAAGCUAAAGCCCUGAAUGGGAAAAGACUCGGAUCUCACACGGGAAGAACAGCGGAGGAACAAAAGGAGGUUUGAACAAGCACAACAGAGGAAUUUGCGCCUGAUGUAAGACAUGUGUGUGCACCUCAGCCAGACACGGCAUCCUGCUUCUAAAGACAGAAACGAGAGAAUGAUUGCCUCAUAGUGAGCAGUUUUGAAGAAAAGACGCUCCUCUUCUCCUUGCUUGCCUUCGCAUCCUCUCAGAUUUUUUUUUCAGUUUUCUGCUUUAGGCACCAGAACUUUGUUGCAGAUGAGAGACAUCAUUCUAGUCUGUCUGAUCUACCUUUUGUUCUUUCUUUAUUUUUUACUUUAACCCCCUCUUAUCCGCAUUCUUUCAGUGCUUUAAUGUUCCUUUAAAGUUCACUCUUUCUCCCUUUGGCCGGCUUUCUGGCAGCAUUCACUGACACCUUUCUUUUAUUUCUGCAGCACCUCUUUCGUUUAAGGUUUUCACUCCUUUUUCACAUCUUUUUCUCAAUUCAUCUGUCGUUCGUUCCUUUGCCUUGCCUGAGGGCAGAAGGGACCUGGUGCAAGCACAGUGAACACACUCUCUCCUAGCUGUCGUAUCUGCCUCCAUCCCUCACUCCACCUGCUCUCAUUAGUGCGAUAGCCACCAUUCCGACAGCAUGUACACCUCCGAGGAGCCGUGGAACUCCACCGAGCUGGAUGGGCUCAACGGAUCUGAAGCGAACUUCUCUCAGGGAAGACGUUCACACGAUAUGGAGGAGGAUGGAAAUCAGCAUCCGUUUCUCACCGAUGCCUGGCUGGUCCCUCUGUUUUUCUCUCUCAUCAUGCUGGUUGGACUGGUGGGAAACUCUCUGGUUAUUUAUGUCAUUUCCAAACACAGACAGAUGAGGACAGCCACAAACUUCUACAUUGCAAACCUGGCUGCCACUGACAUCAUCUUCUUGGUGUGCUGCGUCCCGUUCACUGCCACCCUCUACCCCCUCCCUGAAUGGAUCUUUGGCAACUUCAUGUGCAAAUUUGUUGCAUUUCUGCAGCAGGUGACAGUACAAGCCACGUGCAUCACCCUGACUGCGAUGAGUGGGGACCGCUGCUAUGUCACAGUCUACCCUCUCAAAUCUCUGCGCCACCGCACCCCAAAAGUAGCGAUGAUUGUCAGCAUCUGCAUUUGGAUUGGUUCCUUCAUCCUGUCCACGCCAAUACUGAUGUACCAGCGUAUAGAGGAGGGUUACUGGUACGGGCCGAGGCAGUACUGCCAGGAGAGGUUUCCCUCUAAGACCCAUGAGAGAGCUUUCAUCCUUUACCAGUUCAUCGCUGCCUAUCUGCUACCUGUGCUCACCAUCUCUUUCUGCUACUCCCUGAUGGUGAAGAGGGUUGGCCAGCCCACUGUGGAGCCUGUGGACAACAAUUAUCAGGUCAACCUCCUGUCUGAGAGAACAAUCAGCAUCAGGAGCAAAGUCUCCAAGAUGGUGGUAGUCAUAGUUCUCCUCUUUGCCAUCUGCUGGGGCCCCAUCCAGAUUUUCAUCCUCUUCCAAUCCUUCUACCCAAGCUACGAACCCAACUACACUACAUACAAGAUCAAGACGUGGGCCAACUGCAUGUCCUACGCCAACUCCUCCGUCAACCCCAUCAUUUAUGGCUUCAUGGGAGCCAGUUUCCAGAAGUCCUUUAGGAAAACCUUCCCCUUCCUGUUUAGGCACAAGGUCAGAGACAGCAGCAUGGCUUCAAGGACUGCAAACGCCGAGAUCAAGUUUGUUGCUGCAGAGGAAGGCAACAACAAUAACAGUCUGAACUGAUUGGAACCGUUAAAAGCAGAAAGAGCUGCAGGGCUACUGUGCCCUGAACUCUGAGAAAAUUAUAGCGGUGAUGGAUUUUGGCCAGGAGGUCGUUCUGACAUCCACUUAGCAGCAUUUUUACCUGGAAUGGAAAGACUGCUCCAGGGAAAUUUAAUUUCUUGUAUAAAUGAAUACAGAUAUAAAUAUUUAUGUAUUGUGUUGUGUCCCAAUAUGAAGUUGGCACCAGAUUAGAUUCACUGCAUUUGCUUAAAACAAAAAGGUUUCUGGUUUUUAUGAAAUAUGUGCUGUUUGUGAGUAAAAGCUCGGAACGUGAAAGUACAAAGGCUUUCAGAUGAAAGAGGAGCUAGGAGGGUUUAUUGGUAAGCUGGCAGCUAUGAGGAGGUGCAGCUCAAACAAUAGUGGAGAGAUCACAGUGGUUAUGUUCUCACUUUAUACCACUGUCAAAAUCAUCUCAAAUGCAUCCCUAACUUUUUACAUUUUAUAUUUAGGGUGAUCGUCAGAAUUAUUUUCAAACUGAAAGGUUUUGAAUUGACAUCAACUUUCAUCACUGUGAUUUCAUACUUCUGUGUACUGACUAAGUCUUUCAGUUGAUACAUUUUAAAGUCUCUACAAGAAGCCUGAAGCACCUGACUACUCUUUGGUUCAUGCAAUGCAUGACACAGCAGUCGCUUUGCAGUAUUCCAGCAUCUGUUUCCAUCUAAAGACCAAAGCAGGGCUUGCUAACAAGUUUUAAACACCAUAGAAAGAAAACAUGCUUACAUUUUAUGCUUUUAAUUGCAUUUAAUCUUUGUGCAAUGCUGCUUCUUCACCUUUAUAACUACUCCUGGGCAACAUUUGAAUGGCCUGUGGCAUGAAUGUGAGGCCCAGUCCAUGUGGGAACCACUGCAGCCUUUCACCCACACAAACACUCCUUUAGUUAUUGGACUCUUGAAAAAUUGAAACUGGUUCUAGAGAAACAAAAGUCUUAACUGUCACCUUUUGAGUCUUCAUGGAGACAUGAACCCCAAUCAAGUCAGAACUAACAAGAACAGUGAGAUACAUCCUUGCAUUUAAACAAUAAAGUUACUUCAGUGAGCUGAUGAAUACUAACAUACAACACAUGCUUCACUCACCAUGGAGGAGAACUGGAAUCAGAGGAAGACUUUGGCGAAGACCAAGGAGAACCAGCUGGUAGACCAAAUGUAAUAAUGGUGCCGUCAUGCACAAUGAAUGGAGCCUAGCUUAUUGCUAGAUUCAGUGCCUGAAAAUUUUUCUGCGUCUAUUUUUACGUCCAUGUAUUUAAACUGCCAUCACUCUCUGUAGAAAGUAACUUCGCUUUUGAGGUUUUGUAGUUUAACGUGAGAAAAAGUAGAAUUUUCCACUCGUUAGCCCACAGAGAUCAUUAGUUUUAUGUUGAUUUUUUUGGUUUGCACGCUCCACCCUUGUGCUCUUCUUUAUGUGUGUGUGUGUUUAAGUUUCCUAACCUAAAAACAUUAAAGUCUCCAGUGUAUAUGC